UAUAAUCACAUUGUUCGAUGAACAUUUUUCGGUGUCGGUUGUGCUUGCUUGCAAAUACUGUGUUAAUAAAGUAAUUAAUCAAGUCAGAAAUGGCAUUGACACAAUAUUUUAUUUUAAUUUUGUGCUUUGCGGGCGUCUUAUCCAAUUCUAUUAAUAUUUCCAAUGGUGGUGAGAAUGAGACUCAACCCUUCAUAGAGAUCGGUAGUAAAUAUUAUCUAAUAAAUACUGCUACUACGAUGAAUUGGUUCGGUGCGGUGCUUUAUUGUCGCAACUAUGAUAGUGAUUUAGCCGUAAUUGAAUCGGCAGCUGAGAUGAAUGCACUGAAUUUCUAUUUAACUACGAAUGAAGGUCACAUUGGCAAAAAUUUUUGGCUUGGUGCCACCGAUUUGGCAGAUGAGGGUAAAUUUAUGUCACUCAAAGACGGACGUCCAAUGCUCUAUGCUAAAUGGUCAGGCGGUCAACCAGACAAUAGAGACCAACAUGAGGAUUGUGUACAUCUUUGGCCAGUGCAUGAUAUAUUCUACAUGAAUGAUAACAAUUGCAUGACUAAGCUUUAUGCCAUCUGUGAAUUGCGACAACCGAAGAAGAGUUGCGACGUGUGUGAUCUGAAAAAUUUAAUGGAAAGAUUCAUGCAACAUGUUUCACACUGUCAAAAUUAGUUAGGUGGAAGUAGCAGUUUUAUAAAUAAAAUCGUUGUUUCAUAACAAUACCUUGAUAUAAAUAUUUUAUAACGUUAUAAGUGAACUUGUUAGUGUCGCGGAUUGCGCCACGAGUGUAAAUAUCAAUAAGCAAGAUUCGAAGCAAAAUUGAGGAUUGGCUAUGCUACUUCCAACUGUCAAAGAAAAUGCUAGAAAAUAGUAGUAGAAUAGUAUAUACAAGUAUAUCGGCGUUCAAACCGACUUAUCAAGUUCUUUAGGGGAAACUUAUUUAAUUGUGAAGGGUAUUCUGACUCCGGUUGCAGCGUUGUUUUCUUUUUGGAAUUACCUCUAGUAUACGUACAUAUAUUUGAAUAUACAUAUAUUCUUUCAACUGUAAGUGAAAGAUGGCUUACAAAUUAAAAAAAAAAAUGGAUUUAGCACAGUAAAUUGAAGACCUUGAUUGAAAAUUAUGAUGGCCGACACAUUUUUAAUACUCAUGAAACUGAACUAUUUUUCGAAAGUUUACCCGACAAGACCCUUACUUUUAAAGAUGAAAAAUAUCAUGGGGAAAACAUAAUAAAGAGAGGUUGACAGUUUUAUUUGCUGUAAAUAUGAACGGAUCGGAAAAACUUAAGCCCUUAGUGUUAGGAAAAGCAAUGAAACCACGAUGUUUCAAAGGAGUGAAAUCGUUUCCUGCUAAUUAUCGUGCUAACAAAAAACGCUUAGAUGAUGACAGAACCUUUUAACAAUUCGUUUUUGAUUUAAGUGAAAUUUUGAGUUUUAGAAAACUGUGUGCACAAUGGUUGCCGCAUUCGCUAACAAUGGAACAAAAACACAUUCGAAUGCGACUUUCUCAGCAAUAUUUGGAGCGUUUCAAAAAGGAUAAAAUGGAUUUUGUGCGUCGAUUGAUCACUAUAGAUGAGACUUGGGUCUAUCAACAUGAUCCUGAAUCAAAACAAGAGGCGAAAGAGAGGUGUGAACCUAGUUGUUCGGAGUGGUCGGAGUGUUCGAAAAUCGGCCAAGAAGAUUUUGGCAUCAGUUUUUUGGGAUGCGAGAGAAAUUUUGUUCGUGAAUUACUUACAAACUCGUAAAACAAUGAAUUCAGUUCCGUCCAUCGCAAUUUCGCUUACCUCUUCCUCAUUCUCACUAUCGGAACUAACUAAAAAUCUCCUUCUCUUUCAGAGUCUACGUACGUUUGAAAUAUUCCCUUCGUUCUCAACGGUGUUCGAGUCGGUUUCAAGUGGAUCAUAAUUUUUCUUGUUGUAAUUUUCCGUUCUUUAUGUCCUCACGACCACUUUGAAAACGAUAAUCGAAUGAGUACUACGAGUAUAAACACUUGGAAGUGCCGUAAGCCAUUUCCUGGAAGACAAUUUUCAGAUAAAAUAGUGCCACAGCUACAUUAUCUUUCGUU